AUGUGCACAGAAAAAAAUGAUAAGACCUUGAUAAGUAAACAUGAGAAGAAGAAGAACAAGACCUUGAUAAGUGUACAGAAAAAGAAGAAUAAGACCUUGAUAAGUGCACAGAAGAAGAAGAACAAGACUUUGAUAAGUGUACAGAUAAGGAAGAACAAGACCUUGAUAAGUGCACAGAAGAAGCAGAACAAGAACUUGAUAAGUUUACAGAAGAAGAAGAACAAGACCUUGAUAAGUGUACAGAAAAAGAAAAACAAGCCCUUGAUAAGUGCACAGAAAAAGAAGAACAAGACCUUGAUAAAGGAAGUAGAACCAUACCUUGAUAAGUGCACAGAAGAAGAAGAACAAGACCUUGAUAAGUGCACAGAAGAAGAAGAACAAGACCUUGAUAAGUGCACAGAAGAAAAGAAGACCUUGAUAAGUGCACAGAAGAAGAAGAACAAGAUCUUGAUAAGUUGCACAGAAGAAGAAGAACAAGACCUUGAUAAUUGUACAGAAAAAGAAAAACAAGCCCUUGAUAAGUGCACAGAAAAAGAAGAACAAGACCUUGAUCAGUGCACAGAACAAGAAGAACAAGACCUUGAUAAGUGUACAGAAGAAGAAGAACAAGACCUUGAUAAGUGCACAGAAGAAGGAGAACAAGACCUUGAUAAGUGUACAGAAGAAGAAGAACAAGACCUUGAUAAGUGCAAAGAAGUAGAAGUACAAGACCUUCAUAAGUGUACAGAAGAAGAAGAAAAGGCCCGAUAA